GCCGCGCCCCCAUGCGCAGGGAGCGGGGCGCCGGCCCGCGGGGCGGCUGCGGCGGGGGGCUGCUCGUCCUGGGGAAGGGACUGUCCAGAGGUUCCCCAAAUCGGUGUCUCUCUGGAAAAAGUGGAGUGUCUCUUCCAUCAGUUUUUGCAAGAAAUGUUGAAGAAGCCAUUGACAAUUAUACCUGUGAGACACUUUCAUCCCUUUCACCUAGUGAUUGCACAACACCCACGGAGCUGAAUUAUUCUUGGUCUGGAAUAAACAGCUAUACUACUAGUUUGUCUACUGAAAGAAGUUCGAUUUACUCCUGGAGGGACGAUGAAUUUGAUAAAGCCAACACACAGAGAGUGCAACAGUUGUUUUGGGAGAUUGAUGAAUUGCUGUUUGAAGGAAAAGUGACCUCAAAAACAGAGAACCUGCAGGCAGAAUGUGCAGAUUGGGUUGAACAAUUUCCUCAUAUAAGGGUUCUAGGAAAGCAGCUCCUAGUGCCAAAGGAUGAAGGCUUUCAGCAUUUUCAGAGCAGAAAUGAUGCCCAUGUAGAUACUAAGUGCGUGCCUGGCCUGCUUGAAUGUAGUGGUCAUACAAAAGAGCUCUGCAUCUCAGGCUCUAAACUGAUCCCAACAGUAUCUCCAAUACACACAUCACUUCAUUCAAGUUCCAAUAGGAUUUCUGCACCAGACUCAGCCAUGUAUUCCUUCCUGGAAGAAGAAAUUUAUGAUGAGGAUGGAAAAAUAGAGGAAUAUCUUGCCUUUGACAACAAGGAACUUGAGGAUGAGAUUUGGGAACAAAAGAAAAUGCGUCUUUCUGAGAAGAGGUGUAAGCGUGGCAUUCCCCCUGUUUCUCCCAAUGCCUGUAUCAAAGAUGCUGUGGCUUCUGAAGUGUUUGAUCAUAUCUGGAGCAAUGUCAUUGGAAUAUUGGAGGAACUGAUUAAAAAAAAUUGGGAAACUAGUAUCCCAGAGUGUGACCAACAAAUAGAAAAACUGAAAACUGUUACAGCAAAACUGCUGCAUUUGCCAGCCAUUCAUAUUACAGCAGAUGUUGGGACCAUUCCACUUUCCAGAGGCUCUGAAGCACAAAGUGUAUCUUUUGGGGCUCAUUUGGUUUCAUCACAGGUUUACCGUUUCUCCAGCAACUUCUGCAGUGAUCUGAGUGGUGUGAUGACAAUUCAAGCAAAACCACUCCAACAGAGGCAUGCUGCCGUGGCAGAAAAACACCAGAAUGAGCAAGAAGACAAGCAGCAUACCAGUACUUCCAGCACUCCAAAUUCAGCACAUGCUAGGUUGGGGAGAAUUUCUGAUAACAGUGUUCUCUCACCAUCUCCGGCUCUGCUGGCAUCUUCUAGGAAAGUACCAAGGUUACCUUCUCUCACCUCUGACCAUCCCUGCUCAGAAGUUCCUAAUAUGCACAAUGAUGAAAUCCGUAAAGGAAAAAAAAAGGUUGGCAGUAGUUUAUCUUCUGCUCGUGCACCUGCGACCCGGAACAAGUUACCACCAAUAAACUCUGAGGCUGUUGAACAGCGUGUUUCGGUACCUCGAAUGCAGCAGAGCCCUCAUCAAGAACAAUAUACUCAAAGCAGAGUGUCAAGUGCAAUGGCUGGCAGGGCAGAGCAACAGCCACUCAGAGAAAGAACUGUUACUGUUGAUCAGUUUCCAAGACCCAACACAACUCAUACAUUCAGGAGAGACACACCUCAGAAGAAGUCACUGACUCCCGUGGAUUUUGCUAACCACAGAAGGACUGGUCAAGGAUUUUUGAUAACAGGUUCACAGAAUUACUCCAGAUCCUUUCAGAAAAAUCCUCCAAACUCAAAGAAGAGAUUUCAGAUUGCUUCUUAGCCUGUUUUAGGAAGAAACAGAAACCCUCUGCACUGAUUGAAAGACUGAAGCACUAAAUUUGCCACUUAGUAUCUUGUGUAACAAAGAAGGUGUGCAUAUGCUGGUGUCUGCUGAGCCUUGCAGUCCUCAGGAUGUCUGCAUUGCCUUCUUUAAAAUUAUUUGACCAGAGCUUAGAUUAAAAAUUAUAGCAAAAGGAAAUAAAUGGUUGAGGUGUCUGCUCUGCAGUAUCAAGA